AUGGAUGUCAGUACUUCUUCUAAGAUUCAAUCAAGAAAUCAAUGGAAAUCGCUAACACACAUGCCAUUUGAAGUGAUGGAGAAAAUAAUAGUCGACUUGGCAAAAAUUUCAGUAGUCGAAGCUAUCAGGAUGAAGAGUGUUUGCAAAUUCUUCAACGAGGCAGGAAAAACGGAUGAAGUAUAUAAACAUAUGGAGUUAGAUGGAUUACGAUUUUGUGGUUGGUCUGACCAGAAACAUGCAGUUGUCAAAAAACGCAUAGAGAUGAGAAACCCAAAUAUUCUAUUCAGGAAUGGAUUGGAUGAGUGCUUUGAUUAUCAUAAUUUUGAUUUAGGAUUGACUUUGUUGAGACAAGCAGCAUAUGAAGAUCAUCUUGAGGCAAUUUAUUUGCUUGGAAUGGUCUACAUUUCAAGAGUGCAUCAUCAAUGUGAUGAAGUUCCGAAUGACGGGGAGUACACGGGUGUUGUUGAUAGUGCUAAAGAUUUGUUGCGGGCUGUUGAUGUUGUUCUUAGACUUACAACGAAUAACAUCACAUUCCAAUGUGAAGACCUACGUCAUUCUGUGAAAGGUGGAUUGACAAUAGGCUAUGAAGAGGAUGAGGAUAGACAAAGAUAUUGCACAGUUUCUCGUUGGAAUGAUAACUUUGUAUUCUUGCUAAGUAAUUGGAAUCAAACUCCUGAUUUGCAAGCCAUGGACAGGGCUCAUAGCUUGGGUCAAACUAAAGAUGUUAUAGUGUACAAGUUGAUAUCCAUUGUGCAACAAACCAAAUAUUACUUAUUUGUUGGAUGA